AUGACUUGGCCUGACGUUCCUGUGGCUCCUGCGCCCGGCAUUUCCUACUUCACGCCGGCACAGUAUCCGCCCGCGGGCACUGCUCGCAACCCGCAGACCAGUGGAAAGCCCAUUCCUAAGCUGUUCCAGCCCCUGACUAUUCGUGGUCAGACUUUCCAGAACCGUCUUGGUGUUGCUCCCAUGUGCCAGUACAGUGCUCAAGAUGGACACAUGACCCCUUGGCACAUGGCCCACUACGGUGGUAUCGCUCAACGCGGUCCCGGUAUGAUCAUCAUCGAAGCCACUGGCGUUGUUCCGGAGGGCCGUAUCACUCCCGGAUGCGUGGGUUUGUGGAAAGACUCCCAGAUUGCUCCACUUAAGGAGGUCGUCGAAUUCGCCCAUAGCCAAGGCCAGAAGAUUGGUAUUCAGCUGGCUCAUGCCGGCCGGAAGGCCUCGACUGUUCCUCCAUGGCUGGGUGGUGUGACUGCCACCAAUGCUGUGGGUGGCUGGACUGAUAACGUCAAGGCUCCCAGCGCCAUUCCCUUCUCGGCGAACGACGUUGUCCCCAAGGAGAUGACCAAGGAAGAUAUCGUGGAGGUCAAGAAUGCCUGGGUUGCUGCCACCAAGCGGGCUCUGGCUGCCGGUGUCGACUUCAUCGAAAUUCACAAUGCCCACGGGUACCUGCUGUCGUCGUUCCUCAGCACCUCGGCCAACCAGCGCACCGAUGAGUACGGUGGCAGCUUCGAGAACCGUAUCCGUCUCUCUCUGGAGAUUGCGCAACUCACGCGUGACACCGUUGGCCCCAACAUGCCUGUCUUCCUGCGCGUGUCUGCCACUGAUUGGCUCGAGAACAACACCUCCGAGAAGCAGGGCUGGAGCUUGGAGGACACUGUCGAGUUCUCCCGCGCCCUUGCCAAGCAGGGUGCGAUCGAUUUGAUCGAUAUCAGCAGCGGUGGUGUCCAUGCCGCGCAGAAGAUCACCUCGGGUCCCGCCUUCCAGGUACCAUUCGCCGUGGCCGUGAAGAAGGCCGUUGGCGACAAGCUCCUCGUCUCCGCCGUCGGCAUGAUCAAUAACGGAAAUGCCGCCGAGAAGGUCCUCAUCGAGGACGACAUCGACUUGAUCUUGGUGGGUCGCGCCUUCCAGCGUGACACUGGUCUGGCUUGGGCCUUUGCCAAGGAUCUGGAUGUCGAGAUCGCCAUGGCCGGACAGAUCCGCUGGGGCUUCACCAGCUUCCGCAAUGCCUCCGAGUACAUCCAGCCCAACUCCAUGAAGGCCUCCAUUUUCGAUUAA